AUGUCAUCACCUCAACAAAUUGUUAACAGUUUUCAACAAGCAUUGAAUUUAUCAGGUUCACCAAAUGCUGUCUCAACUUCACCAACUCAAUCAUUUUUAAGUCAAUAUCAACCAUCAAAACCAACCAAAGCUUUAAAACCUUUUAGCACAGAAGAUAUUAAAAUUUUACUAUUAGAAAAUGUUAAUCAAACUGCUAUAAAUAUUUUCAAAAAUCAAGGUUAUCAAGUUGAAUUUUAUAAAAGUUCAUUACCAGAAGAUGAAUUAAUUGAAAAAAUUAAAGAUGUUCAUGCCAUUGGUAUUAGAUCAAAAACAAAAUUAACUGAAAAAAUUUUGAAAAAUGCUAAAAAUUUAGUUGUUAUUGGAUGUUUUUGUAUUGGUACAAAUCAAGUUAAUUUAGAUUUUGCUGCAAAAUCAGGUAUUUGUGUUUUCAAUUCACCUUUUUCAAAUUCAAGAUCAGUUGCUGAAUUAGUUAUUGCUGAAAUUAUUACCUUGGCAAGGCAAUUGGGUGAUAGAUCAAUUGAAAUGCACACUGGUACUUGGAAUAAAGUCUCUGCAAAAUGUUGGGAAAUUAGAGGUAAAACUUUAGGUAUUAUUGGUUAUGGUCAUAUUGGGUCACAAUUAUCAGUCUUGGCUGAAUCAAUGGGUAUGAAUGUUAUAUAUUAUGAUAUUGUUACUAUAAUGGCCUUGGGAAAUUCAAAGCAAGUUUCAAAUUUAGAUGAAUUAUUGAAAAAUUCUGAUUUUGUUACUUUACAUGUACCUGAAACUCAAGAAACCAAAAACUUAUUAAGUGCUCCACAAUUUGCAGCAAUGAAAGAUGGUUCUUACGUUAUAAAUGCUUCAAGAGGUACUGUUGUUGAUAUUCCAGCUUUAGUUCAAGCUAUGAAAGCUGGUAAAAUAGCUGGUGCUGCAUUAGACGUAUAUCCACAUGAACCAGCUAAAAAUGGUGAAGGUUUAUUUGCUGAUACUUUAAAUGCUUGGGCAAGUGAAUUAUGUUCAUUAAGAAAUGUUAUAUUAACACCUCAUAUUGGUGGAUCAACUGAAGAAGCACAAUCAGCUAUUGGUAUUGAAGUUGGUAACUCACUAACCAAAUAUAUUAAUGAAGGUACCUCAACUGGUGCUGUAAAUUUCCCAGAAGUUCAAUUAAGACCUUUAGAUUUAGAUCAGCAGAAUGUUGUAAGAGUUUUAUAUAUCCAUCAUAAUGUUCCUGGUGUUUUGAAAACUGUUAAUAAUAUAUUAUCAAAUCAUAAUAUCGAAAAACAAUUUUCAGAUUCUCAAGGUGAUAUUGCUUAUUUAAUGGCUGAUAUUAGUGAUGUCGAUAUUAGUGAUAUUAAAUCAUUAUAUGAGCAAUUGGAACAAACUCCUUAUAAAAUUGCAACCAGAUUGUUAUAUUAG